AUGAAGGUGAAACCCGUAAGCAGAACCAGUACCAUGGGUAUGCGUGGCAGAAACCUGCGAUUGGCAAUCACCAUCACUGCCGUGACCGGGUUCUCCCUUUUCGGAUACGACCAAGGUCUGAUGUCCGGGCUCAUCACCGGCCAGCAGUUCAACGAUGAGUUUCCAGCCACCAAGUCUCUAGGCGACGACGACCGCAAAGCUACGUUAGUUCAAGGUGCUGUCACCGCAUGCUACGAGCUCGGAUGUUUCUUUGGCUCCCUUUUCGUCAUGUUCAUGGGUGAACGCAUUGGUCGUAAACCGCUCGUCAUCAUCGGUGCGUUCGCCACCAUCAUCGGUACCGUCAUCUCCACCAGUGCUUUUGGCCCUCAUUGGGGUCUGGGCCAGUUUGUAGUGGGCAGAGUUUGCACCGGUGUCGGUACCGGUCUAAACACAUCCACCAUCCCCGUGUGGCAAUCCGAAAUGUCCAAACCUGAAAAUCGUGGUAUUUUGGUUAAUCUCGAAGGUUCCGUUAUUGCACUAGGUACCAUGAUUGCGUACUGGAUCGAUUUCGGUCUUUCGUACGUGGAUUCCUCCGUUCAAUGGCGUUUCCCAGUCGCUAUGCAAAUUUUCUUUGCGCUCUUGUUGUUGGCCGGUAUCUGGGAAUUGCCCGACUCUCCACGUUGGUUGAUGUCUCGUGGUAGAAACCAAGAAGCCAUUGAAAUUUUGGCCGCUUUGGACGAUCUACCAACCACUGAUGACUCAAUUGUUGCCGAGGCCACUCUCAUUCAAGACGCUGUCAACCGUUUCCGUCACGAAAAAAGAUCCAUUAAGGACUUGUUUACCGGUGGUAACUCUCAAAAUUUGCAACGUGCCUUGAUUGCUGCUUCAACCCAAUUUUUCCAACAAUUCACAGGUUGUAACGCUGCCAUUUACUACAGUACCGUGCUUUUUGAAAAAUCUAUUGGUCUAAAGGGUAAACUACCUCUAAUCUUGGGUGGUGUUUUCGCAACCAUUUACACUCUUUUCACAAUUCCUUCGUUUUUCUUAGUGGAAAGCUUGGGUAGACGUAAAUUGUUUUUGCUUGGUGUCACAGGUCAAGCCAUUUCUUUCACCAUCACUUUCGGAUGUUUGACCAAGAAAGAUCCAGAGGUUGCCAAGGGUGCCGCUGUUGGUUUGUUCUUGUUUAUCUGUUUCUUCGGUAUGUCGAUGUUGUCGCUACCUUGGAUUUACCCACCUGAAAUUGCCUCCAUGCGUGUUCGUUCUGCCACCAACGCCUUCUCCACCUGUACCAACUGGUUGUGCAACUUUGCUGUCGUUAUGUUCACCCCCAUCUUCAUCAACGACGCUGGUUACGGUUGUUACCUCUUCUUUGCUGUCAUCAACUACUUGUACAUCCCUGUCAUUUUCUUCUUCUACCCUGAAACUGCCGGAAGAUCUUUGGAGGAAAUCGAUAUUAUCUUUGCCAAAGCUCACAUUGAUGGCACUCAGCCUUGGAGGGUUGCAGCUAACUUGCCCAAACUUUCUUUGGCCGAAAUCGAUGAUCAGGCUAACGCUCUAGGUCUAUACGACGACGAUUUGGAAAAGCAAGACAUGGACGCUGACGCCGAUGCAGACCGUGAAGAUGGGUUGAGAAACCGUAACGAAAGUGGUGUUGCCGGCUAUAACCUAUUUGAAAAGAAGGAAACCGAGCAGGACCCUAGCGAAGACGCUAGUCCUGCCAUCAGGGGCCCAGCCGAUGCUUCUACCAGUUCCCAGAAGUCCGAGUAA